CACGAGGUGGCAGUUGAACGCACAACGUGGAUCGCACGUUGGAACGAACGAACAAUUACCAAAACACAAAGCACACCAAAGGAUUGUAGCGCUCACCCACAGCUUUAGCACCCCCAAUACAUUUAUUGACUGUGAGUCGAAAUGGCCGAAGCCGAAUGGAAGCAACUCUUUCAAGAACCGCCGAAGGUGACCGCGGAAAGUCAACAAAUCAAGGAAAAGAUGGCCACUGCUUUAACAUUUGCUCGGAUUUGUUUCCGAUACGGUGCCAAUGGAAUGACGAAGGUUUUAGAUAGCAGCGUUGUUGAGUGGGAGCGAAUCGCACUUCCUGUCUCAAAGAUACUUCAAAAAGAGCGUAAUCAGGUUGAGAUCCUUGCUAAGGAUGCCGAGAUCCAGGCUGCCAUCGACUAUAUAUUAGAAAAUGGUUGGUUCAACACAUGUGAAGAUCUUGCCAUGGUCGCCAAAUACGAAUUGACAUCUGUCCAAAAAAUGGCCUUGACUCAGAUAAUUCUGAAGACUAAUAGUAAUGAGUUCAAGAGUCCUCCCAACAUAAGUGUGGAAAAAACAGAAGCUGGUGUGGCGCCUGCCCAGACUGGAAUUGAUGAGACAGCCAUUUUAGAACACUUUUAUGUGCUGUAA